AAAGAUGCCAAAAAAAUAAAUCAAACCAGUUAAGCUACUUCCUUUGACUUUCAAACAGCAUGCACUUGCACAGCUGUGUAUAAGUUUAGUUUCUUGAAAGAAGUUGUGCAAGAAUCAUAAAACUUUUUUAAAUUAAGCGCGCUCAUAAUGAACCAAACACCUGUCUCAUGUUUGCCAAACAGCAGCAAAAUGUCGAAAGCAAAAAGGGUUCUAGAAGAAGCGAAGGAAAUUCAAAACCCAGAAAUUGAUCUAAUUGAUCGUAAUAUAAGCACAUUUGAAGAACUGCCUGGUUUAUUUUCCAUGUUAAACAUUACUCGUCUUACCCUUAGUCACAACAAAAUAAAAUGUAAGUAUUUAAAUAAUAGCACUUCAAGUUAUUAUUGUUGCAUUUCAAAUAAUUUUUCAGCUGUACCACCUGGUUUAGCCAAUUUAACAAAUUUGGAAAUUUUAAAUCUUGCAAACAACCAUUUAGAAGAACUACCCCUAUCUCUAUCGUCAAUGCCAAAACUUAGAAUCUUAAAUUUGUCAUUUAAUAGACUGUAUGGUUUGCCAAGGGGUUUUGGAGCCUUUCCUAUUCUUGAAGUUUUGGAUUUAACUUACAACAACUUAAAUGAGAAGAACUUACCUGGAAAUUUCUUUAUGAUAGAAACACUUAGGGCUUUGUAUAUGGGAGAUAAUGACUUUGAAUACAUCCCUGCAGAUAUCAAGAAUUUAAAAAAUUUACAAAUUCUUGUUCUCCGUGAAAAUGAUUUAAUAGAAUUACCAAAGGAAAUUGGUGAGCUAACAAGAUUAAGGGAGUUACAUAUUCAAGGCAACAGAUUAACAAUUUUGCCCCCUGAAUUUGGAAAUUUGGAUAUGGCUGGACAUAAAUCAGUUUUUAAAUUAGAAGGCAAUGAAUGGGUCACACCUAUUGCAGAUCAAUUAAAACUUGGAAUCAGCCACUUACUUGAUUAUCUUAAAAGUGAAACAUAUCGCAUAUCAUACACCAGAUACCAGACCAACAAGCCUCCAAUUCCACCCCCUUGUAUUGAUAAAGCAAAGAAAAUCUCUAGAAUUCGUUAAUACAUUUUACUGUAAGAACUGUGCCUUUAAUAACGG